UACUCUCUCUUUUUCAAAAAAAAUUGGUACUAGUAUUAGUUUCUGAUUAGUAAAUUAAUUAAUGCUAAUUAACCUCUCUUGUAUAACUAAAUAAUCCAGUUGUAGUACUAUUUGAUUUUUGGUUGUUGUGAGAAAAGAGUGUUAAAACUUGGUCCCUACUAUAUCCAGGUUGGUUUGGACUCUGGACCGUUGUGUUAUGUUUUGACAGCAAUUAUAGAAACCCAAGACAUUUAAUUUAUAUUUGUUCUCUUUGAUGCUCCCAAAAAGAAUUAUUAAUUUCUGUCAUCAGACACAUUUCUCUAUUUCUAUAUCUAAUUAAAUUCAAACUAGUACUAUGAUAUGCCAACAAGGGCUUUAACCACUUAAACUAAUGCAUGUUUUCUUAAUUGAAAAUUAAUUUGAAUCAUUUCUCUUAGUAAUUUUUUUGUUAGUUGAGGGAGUUUCAACGGAUCUAUUCUUUAAAAACUAAAUUAAUUGGGUUCCUAUGCUUUUCGUUAAUCAGGAUUUUUUUUGGGUUAUAGAAUAUUGUUAGUAGUUACAUUCUGUUUUAAAAUUAAGGAUACAUAAAAAAAAAAAAGUAAAAAAAAUGUUAAAGGUAAAAAAAAAAAAUGUGAUCAUGUUGUAGUGUGAAGUGACCGAUGAGACGCCCAUUUACUCAGUUGUUUGCAUCACUGAGGCCUAAUGUGUUCGUGCAUGUGUACUAUGAAAGUGAGUGCUUAGUCAAAGAGAGUAUUAAAGGGAAAAAUACAUAAAGAUAAAGAAGAAAAGCAUUAGAAGCAAAGUAGGGAAAGAUCUAAAAAAUAUAUUGAAUUUGGUUAGCUUCCAUUGCUGAUUUUGUUUUGUUUUGCUUUGCCAUAUCAAUCAAUUUUUGUGAAAGCUUUUGUCUUUAUUGCUAUCUGCGUUUGAAAGGACCAAUUCUUGGUCACCUUUUUCCUCAUGUUGCUUUCUCAUUUCCCCCUCUAUGAUUACUUUUUCUAUAGUGCAUAUAAUUGGUUGUAAUUAAAUUAUUUUUUACACUGUAUAUGUUUAGUUUAAUAUGCAAUUCUUGUUUUGUCCCAUUAGUGUCUACUUAAUUUAGAUCUUCUCUUUUUUUAACCAAGCAAAUACAAUUUGGUUGAUUAAUGAAAUGAUGUUUCUUAACCAAUAUUUCGAAUGUCGUUAUGAUCAGGGCGAAAUUAAAUUCAUCGAAGGCGUACAACCGGCAUCUAGAUGCAUCAAAGAAGUCUCUGAUUUUGUUGUUGCAAAUUCUGACCCAUUGAUCCCUGCACAACGAAAAAGUCGAAGAUCCUUCCGGUUCUGGAAGUGGCUCUGUGGCCCAUGUUUGAGCCUGGUGAGUUUCUGCUGUUGCUGCCAAUCCAAAUGUUCGUGCCAUCUGAGGAAACCCAAGUGCUGCAACUGUACAUCUUGCAGCUGUAUAGGGUCCAAAUGCUGUGACGGGUCAUGCUGCUCAAACAUUUGUUGUUGCCCGAGACUAAGCUGCCCGAGCUGUUCAUGCUUCCGAGGUUGCUGGUGUUCUUGUCCGGACAUGUCUUGCUGCAUUCCCAGCUGUUUCCGCAGUUGCAGUUGCACUCGACCGUCGUGUCUGAAUAAAAAGAAGAGCUCAUGCUGCAGCUGCAACUGCAAGAUCAGAUGGUCAUCUUGUUUUAGUUGUCCCAAGGUACGACUUUGUUCUUGUUGUUUUUGCAAUUGUAAAAAUCUAUGUUCUAAUCCUUGUUGUUUAGCUUUCUAAUUAAACUUUAUUAUUAUUAUAAUCAUUAUAGCUGUUUCCUCUAUUUUUUGUUCAAAUUUUUUCUUAAUCUCUUAAAGGAAGCAACACUUUCUUGAUUUUGUAAUAAAAUUGUGAAUAUUUUUGUCUUUUUGUAAGUG